AUGGGAUUCGACUACGCGUUGGUACAUCUCACCUACACCAUUCCGCCCGCUGCCCUCCUCUCUCUCGUCUACUUCCCGCUGUGCACGCGCUUGGACCUCUACAGAAUCGCCUUUCUCAUCACCAUCGCCGUCGUCUCCACCAUCCCGUGGGAUAGCUACCUCAUCCGGAACAAUAUCUGGUCAUACCCGCCCACUGUCAUCGUCGGUCCGACCCUGUUCAGCAUUCCUCUGGAGGAGGUCUUCUUCUUCGUGAUCCAGACGUACAACACUUCCCUGCUGUACCUGCUGACCUCGAAGCCGGUCUUGAAAGAGGCGUAUCUGGUGAAGGAGGGCUCAGGCACUCAAGGCCAGAAAUGGCGCUACAUCAAGAUGGGAGGUCAGCUUGUGCUGGCACUGGCAUUGAAGAAGGCCAUAGACUUUGUCAAGUCUGAAGGGGAGAACACAUAUCUGGGACUGAUAUUGGUCUGGGCACUCCCAUUUCUGCUGCUGCUGUGGAGCUUGGCAUAUCAGCUCAUAUUGAGGUUGCCAAGAGCAUGCACCGUCUUGCCAAUUGCUCUACCGACCGUCUAUCUCUGGGUAGUAGACACGCUGGCGCUGAAGCGUGGAACUUGGGUGAUCGAGGCUGGUACGAAGACUGGGUUAACCCUAUGGCCUGGCUUGGAGAUUGAAGAAGCCCUCUUCUUUCUGCUCACCAACAUGCUGAUCGUGUUUGGCUUGGUUGCUUUCGACAACGCGGUCGCCAUUCUUAAUGCCUUUCCCGCACAUUUCCCAAAUGUGCCCAGUCUACCCUCGCCUUUCUUGCUGGUGCGAGCGCUGCUUGUACCAGCUCUUGCAUACGACGACGAUCGGAUACUUGGAAUCGAGCAAGCCACCGAGCGACUGCAGAACAAGUCUCGCAGCUUCUUCCUCGCUAGCAGCACCUUCCAGGGUCGAUUGAGGUUGGACCUGAUCAUGCUGUACUCAUUUUGUCGAGUCGCAGAUGAUUUAAUUGACAACGCUGCGUCCGUGAAAGAAACGAAAGAGUGGCAGCAGAAACUCAAAAAGUAUCUUGAUCUGUGUUACGGCCCGGCAGAGACGACCAAGGACGGAAAAGUAAUACAGCCCAAGGACAUGAACAGAGGCGUGGCAACACGCUACAUCGUACAGAACUUCCCACCAGAGACGCAACUGACACUCCUUCUCCUACCCACACAUCGACUGGACAAGGAACCGCUGUACGAACUGCUCAAAGGAUUCCACAUGGACUUGACAUUUUCUGACAAGAAAGGCUCAGGACCGAUCAGAUCAGAGGAAGACCUCGAUCUUUAUGGCGCACGAGUCGCCGGGACGGUCGCUCUCUUAUGCAUUCAGCUGGUGCUCUACCGCUACCCUGGCAUUUCGGACGCAAAAGCAAGACGACUGAUGUCUGCUGGUCACAACAUGGGCAUUGCAUUACAGUACACUAAUAUUGCACGGGACCUGGGUGUCGAUGCUGAGAUUGGCCGAUGUUACGUGCCACCCAGUUGGCUGAAGAAGGAGAAGCUCACAUCAGAGACGUUCAUCACCGGUCAGACCAAGGCUGCAUCAUCCUCAGAACCAGACGACUUCUUCUUGAAGAAGGUGGAACUGAUCAGACACCGCCUCCUCGACCGCGCAUUCGAAUUCUACAGCAAAAGCGUCGGUGCGAUAGAAGAGCUUCCAAGGCCUGCCCGUGCUCCUUUGCGUGUUGCUGUGGAAAGCUACAUGCAGAUCGCCCGCGAACUUCGAAGGCCCGGAUACAAAGUCAAGGCUGGAAGAGCGACGGUUCCAAGGUGGAAACGCAUUCUGGUUGCGUGGAGGACGUUACUAGGACCCAGACCGAGGCAGAAGGAGGAGUAA